AUGGUUCCCGUGGUUGUUACCCAGCUGGCGACGGGCCUCAGCGUCCUCGCCGGAGCAGUAAUGGCAAAAUCCCUGCUCGAAGACAAGCCCAUGUCCGGCCCAUUCCAACCCAGGUGCCCAUCUUGCAACGGCACGGGCCGGGUCAGCUGCCUCUGCUCGCGGUGGUCCGACGGCGACGUGGGCUGCCGGACUUGCGCCGGAUCCGGGCGGAUGGGCUGCAGCAGCUGCGGCGGGUCGGGGACCGGCCGUCCACUUCCGGUCCAAAUCUCUAUGCGGUCGCCCAAUCCCCCGUUUUGA